AUGAUGUUCACAUGCAUUCUUGCAAUCCCAUUCCAUGCCACCAAACAUCAUGACCUGUACGACAAAGUAGUUCCUGGAGCAUCUGAUUACCAGUUUUACAAAGUACCUGCCAGUGCAUGCACGACAAAUCGAGUUGUUGAGGUGGUUCUGAACGCAUCGGAAGCACAUUUCCCACGUGACUCGAUGAUCGAGGCGAAUCAAACAGCUUUUCUGCUCCUGGAAAGUGGGUUUGUCAUUGCCACACUUACUUUACACGUAUUUCCCAACUCGGAACGAAACGAAUAG